AUGAGUCCAACCAAGACCAGAAACCACGUCUCCGCCAAGGACCACAUUAGACAAGAGCUCGCGCUGGGCGAGGAAGUGGUGACGAUCCGGCGCAACGCGCCCGCAGCGCUGCUGUACGAGGACGCGCUGAAGGAAAACAAGACGACGAUCGCGUCGUCGGGCGCGCUGAUCGCGUUCUCCGGGUCCAAGACCGGGCGGUCGCCCAAGGACAAGCGGAUCGUCGACGAGCCCACUUCGACGCACAACAUCUGGUGGGGCCCGGUCAACAAGAAGUGCUCGGAGAAGACCUGGCUGGUGAACCGCGAGCGCGCGGCCGACUACCUGCGCACGCGCGACCACCUCUACAUUGUGGACGCGUACGCGGGGUGGGACCCACGGUACCGGAUCAAGAUCCGCGUGGUGUGUGCGCGCGCGUACCACGCGCUGUUCAUGACGAACAUGCUGAUCCGGCCCACGAAGGAGGAGCUCGAGAACUUCGGAGAGCCCGACUUCACGGUCUGGAACGCGGGCCAGUUCCCGGCCAACACGCACACGGACGGCAUGACAUCCAAGACCACGGUCGAGAUCAACUUCCAGAAAAUGGAAAUGGUCAUUCUGGGCACCGAGUACGCCGGUGAGAUGAAAAAGGGCAUCUUCACGGUCAUGUUCUACCUGAUGCCUGUCAACCACAACGUCCUGACAUUGCACUCGUCCGCCAACCAGGGCAUCCGCGACCAGGAUGUGACGCUGUUUUUCGGGCUUUCCGGUACGGGAAAAACCACUCUCUCUGCGGACCCUGCCAGAAAACUGAUCGGGGACGACGAGCACUGCUGGUCCGACCACGGCGUCUUCAACAUCGAGGGUGGCUGCUACGCCAAGUGCAUAGGACUCACCGAGGCCAAGGAGCCCGAGAUCUUCAACGCCAUCAAGUUCGGCUCUGUCCUGGAGAACGUUGCAUACGACCCGCUGACGCGCGUGGUGGACUACGAAGACUGCGAAAUCACCGAAAACACCCGCUGUGCAUACCCCAUUGAGUACAUCCCCAGCGCCAAGAUCCCUUGCCUCGCGAACUCGCACCCCAAGAACAUAGUCUUGCUGACCUGCGAUGCCUCUGGUGUUUUGCCACCUGUUUCCAAACUGACCCCAGCACAGGUCAUGUACCACUUCAUCAGCGGCUACACCUCCAAAGUCGCUGGCACCGAAGAAGGCGUCACGGAACCGGAGGCAACCUUCUCCUCUUGCUUCGGACAACCAUUCCUGGCUCUUCACCCGCUCAAGUACGCCACAAUGCUAGCGGAGAAGAUGUCUCAACAUAGAGCCAACGCCUGGCUCAUAAACACCGGCUGGACCGGCGCCAGCUUCGUGGAUGGCGGAAACCGCUGUCCACUUAAAUACACCCGUGCCAUUCUUGACGCCGUCCACGACGGCUCACUGGCCCAAGAGGACUUCGAGACGCUGCCAACUUUCCGCCUGCAUGUACCACGCCAUGUGAACAACGUGCCAGAGCAUAUCCUGAACCCUGCCAAGAACUGGUUCGAGGGAGAAACAAAGUACAAACACCGUGUGGGGGCUCUGGCCAAACUCUUCACCGAAAACUUCAAGAAAUACCAAGACCGCGCGUCGGCAGAUGUCAUCUCUGCAGGUCCCGUGUUAUAA